AUGUUGACAAUUGGCUAUGAUAGGAAUCCAUUGCUGCUUGAGAUUUCAAAGCAUCAAUUGUCUUUGGGAAUGGAGAUGUCGGUUUCGGAGACGAAUCAGGCGUCUCUUCAACAAUUGAUCCCUGACCAAAAGCAAUUGACUUUGAAGCUGCACUAUCGGGACUUGAUUUACCAGAAUGAAUUGAACCUUUUGGUGUUGAAAUACCAGACACUUUUCCUACAGUUUCUGUGACUUUUUGAACCUUCUCAAUGAUAAGAUUCGGACUAGAUGGAAUCGUUGGAGGUGUUGUCUUGCCCUCCA